CGCGUGGUCUGUCUGUUUGCGCUACCAAGUGGGUUAAUCUGUUUCUUAUUCGUAAAACCUGAAGUGUGGUAGGAGUGUAUGCAUUAAUAAAAUUCAAAUAGACAAGUGUCAAGUGGAACAUUAUAGAAAAUACGACUCUACAGUUCAUUUGCCAUGUUAUAUCUGCAAUUUCACUGCUCCCGAGCUCCCAAUUUUGGGGAAAAUUUAACCCAUUUUGGGGAAUCCGCCAUAUCAAACUUUGGGGAAAUGGCAGAAAACCUCAAAAUUUUCCUAGAAUCUUAUUACACUUUGGGGAAGUGGGUUUAUUAUUUAUUGAUAAAACCCCAAAAUUGUGAAAAAUUUUAGGGAAAUCUUGAGUUUCCCCCCAAAAUUUCCUCUGACAUUGGGAUUUUUCACCGAAAUGUCCCCUGUAUUUCGUGUUUUUUUCUCAAAUUUUCCCCUGACUUUGGGGUUUUUCCCCAAAAUGUACCUUGAAGUUUGCGCUUUUCCUCAAAAUUUCACCAUAAACUUCUCCGAAAUUUCUUACAGAAAUCACGGAAAAACCAGGCAAGAAUACAUACGUACAGCUUUUACUGCGACGUUACUUUAUUUGUCAAUUACGCAGUGCCAAAGAAAUUUAACGUUAACCGAUCUAUAGCUGUAAUUAUAAGACUGGCGAGACUCUAAUUUAGCGACGACCUUUGAACGAAUCUUAAAUGGCCUUGUUAGUUAUUAGCCAAUCAAAAGACAGUUAGUAUAAAGUGAGAAUAUAUUGUAAGUAAUGAAUUACAGUGGAUAUUCUUCAUUUACAUGAUUUAAAAACUUGUUAAGGUUUGAUAAAAGUUCAGAGGCUCUGAAUUCAUAAUGCAUAUUGUAUAAAAACUCGUCUAUAGGGUUAUUGGUUAGGGUUGUAGCCUAGGGUUAGGGUUAAGAUUGGGUUAGGGUGCUAACAUGCGAUCAGUUUACAACGGAUUUUAGAGGUUAGGGUUAGGGUUCAGAGUUAUGGUUAUGGUCAGGAUGGGGUUGUAGCCUGUCAAUAAACACCUCUUCUCUAAAAUCCGAUGUAAACCGAUCGCAUGUUAGCACCCUAACCUUAACCUAACCCUAAACCUUAACCUAACCCUUAACCCUAACCUUAACACCAAACCCUAACCCUAUGGACGAGUUUCUAUACAAUAUGCAUUAUGAAUUCAGAACUUCUGAGCCCUUAUCAAACCUCAACAAGUUUUUAAAUCAUGUAAAAGAAGCAUAUCCACUGUAAUUCAUUACUUUCUUGUAAUAUAUAUUUUUACUUUAUACGGUCUUCUGAUUGGCUAAUAAUUGAGAUUGCUCAGACGCUUCUCAUUGGUUCGUCCCUAAAUUAGAGUUUCGCCGUCCCAUCUGUUUUAACCUCUCAUUAAUCACCUCCUCUCUAAAAUCCGCUGUGAACCGACCGUAUGUUAGCAUCGCGUGUUGUACUUGGCUCCGUGACCUUGAAAUUGCUCAAACGCUUCUGAUUGGCUCGUCGCUAAAUUAGUCUCGCCCAGGUUACGUAGACGUUGAACUAUCAUUCGCAAUGUUCUACAGAAAUAAAAAAAUUUUUUGGUUUCUAAGCAAAUGUCAAGAUAUGUAAAACGUCAAUGACGUACCAGCGGUAUAACAAUUUUGUUAAUAAUGCGGACAAAGAACUUACAGUUACGUCUGUUAAAACUUGCGAAGCGAGCUGAAAGCAAGACGAACAAGAAAUAACUUUUUUACUGAGAAGAAAAAAGUUGUAUCAGUAUAGAUAUUGAUCACAAAGUAAUAUUAAAAAUGAAAUAUGUAUUAUACCAAACAUGUAAAGUGCUUUUAGCUCACCCUUUCUUUGGAUCGCCAUCCAUGCUUAUUUACUUUUUCUCUUGCGUCGUGCAAGAAAGCCUGGUUUGCAACAUCCAUGACGUGUAUUACUUCUUUUUCUGAACAGGUUGCACUUCGGAAUCGGGAACACAGAACACCUACAAAUAUAUUAAUACAGUAGUGUGGACUUUGAACCGUCCGGUAAAAUUUAUGCUUACUAAUACCAAAUUUACUUUUCGUUCCGUGUAAAGUGUACGUGUGCGCCAGUUCCGGCGACAACAGGUAACUUAGACAGGUUUUUGCUGAUUUGGGAGGGUCAUCACAUAUGAACUCGUACAAUCUGGCCACCUAAAAUUUGUUCAAACACGUGUUACAACUUACGAGCUGAUCACAGAACUUUAGCUCAUCUAAAGCAACUUCAAAAGAACACAACUCCUCAUGCAUUCUUAGUGGGGAGGCAAUAGUUGAAUUAUCUAAUUGCUCCGUACGCCUGUCCAUUACACCCAUGGAUAAGCGUUCAUUUAAAGCGAUCAGUUUGUCCAUCUUGCUAGACAGUUCAGUGACUUCAGAAUCAGAAUAAUUAUUCUCUGAUAUAUCUAGUGAUACGUACCACUAUAUACAUUUGCUACGUAGCGAACCCGUACGGGUUAAUUAACGAUAGUAUUCAAAACCUGAACUAAGGAAGCCUAAUCUGUAGCUGUGUUUGGAGGUUCAGUUUACUCACCAUUAAAAAAUAGCUUCAAAUUGUACAUUGUGUUAGCACUUAACUAAGACCGGGACUCAAACAGUAGUAACAGUUUUCAACUAAGUUGUACUGCUUUUACUUUUCAGAACUGACUGACAUUACUUAGUGUAUAUGUACAAAUUGGGAAUUAGUAUUAUAAUCUGCUAAUUAUCGUGAUCAUUUGCGUUGUAGUUGUUGACACAAAAAGGUUCGUCGUCGUUUGGUCUUCAAUAUUAGUAUGCUACGAUCAUCUUUUCUUUGUAAUUCAAAAAAAUGGAAUCUACUGCAAAGACUUGUUCAUUCAGAAGCUAUCACUUAUACUGAGCAUGGCGAUCCAGAACAGGUUUUACGUUUAUCAUCCACUCCAGUACAUCCGUUUGCGAAUGACGAGGUUUUGGUAAAAGUUUACGCGGCCCCUAUUAAUCCAUCGGACAUCAACACGAUACAAGGUACUUAUCCAAUCAAACCAAAACUACCUGCUGUUGCUGGGAAUGAAGGUGCGGGUAAAAUUAUUGCGUGUGGGAAGAACGUGGAUGGUUUCUCCGUAGGCGAUACAGUUAUUCCUUUGGAAUUAGCGUCAGGGACAUGGCAAACAUACUGGUGUGGUAAAGCUGACAGUUUCUUGAAGAUAAAACAUCCCAUCCCGAUAUCUUAUGCUGCAACAUUAGCAAUUAAUCCUAGCACUGCACUUCAUUUACUCAAUAAUUUUGUAGAACUUCAAAAGGGCGAUAUUUUAAUUCAAAAUGGUGCGACUAGUGCUGUUGGAAUAUAUGUGAUCCAAAUAGCAAAAAUAUUAGGACUCAAUACAGUGAACCUGUUUCGUGAAAGAGAUACACCUGAAGCCACAGAAGAAACACGUAAUCUUCUUAAAAGUUAUGGAGGUACAUGGUGUCUCACAGAGUCUGAAUACAUGGAACGAGCAAAAGAAAUAGGCCCUUUCAAACUUGCAUUAAACUGCUUAGGGGGGAAACCUGCAUCUAUCUUGGUGAAAAACCUAAGUCAUUCCGGGACUAUGGUUACAUAUGGUGGAAUGGCACGGAAUCCAAUGCCCUUACCCGUUGGUCCAUUCAUUUUUAAAGAUAUCAGUUUACGCGGUUUUUGGCUGUCUAAUUUUAAUCUACAUCAGUCCACUUCAAAAAGACAACUUACUAUCGACCAAUUAUCAAAAUGGUUUUCUGAAGAUCUCAUUAGACCCUCACCAUUUGAAGAAAUUCCUUUCAAAGAAUGGCGUAAGGCGUUGCAUAUGUCAUUAUUCAGUGAUUCAGCACCAACAAGUAUUAGAAAAAAGUCUGUUUUGAUUAUGGAAUGAUGUACUAAUUUCUAUUGUAAAUUACUGUGUAAAUUGUAAUAUUACUGAGUUAGUUGAUGUUUUGCUUUUUUAUCUCCAGAACUUAAAAUUCCUACUGUUUAAAACAUACUUAUACACCGACUUGUAAUUACCAUUCUACAAAUAUUUUGACUUUUUUUCAAGAAAAUAAUUUUCAAGAUCACCUUUUUUGUACCUUUACAUCUGUAUAGUAUACUGAAUAGCGUAUAAAGUAUAUAUUGGAUUAAGGAUUUUGGUUCGUUAAUUUAGAGUCUUUUAUCAACCAAAAUAAUAUUUGUUGCCUUCAAAGUGUUUAUAUUCAUUGCUGUUUCAAGUCAAAAAAACAUUGGUUAGCUCUAGGUUUUGACCGAAGUUUAUUGGCCAAUAUAUAUAUAUAUAUAUAUAUAUAUCAGGUAACUUAUUGCAUGUCAACUUUGUAUAUUAUUUAGGCGGCGGAUAGUAAUGUUAUUAUGACUUUUUUUCUUAUUGGGAACUAAUAAGUAUUCGAAAAAAGCAAGAAUGGCCAUAUUUUCAGAAUACUAUGAAUCCACUGUAUUUUGUUGCUUUUUUCUUCGUUUGCAUGCGGACUAACUCACUGGAUUGUGAGUUGAACUCACACGUCUUUUUUACCUUAAAUAUCCUCGGACUAUCACCCGAAGUAUUUAUAGAAAUCCUAUUAACACGUUAAUUCUUAACAUCUUUCACAUUUCGAGCAACUUAUUUGUUAUCAGUUGAUAGUUCACUUUUCAACAUUUUGUUAAUAGUCGAAAACAAUUGAACUUAUUAACUUGUAUGUAGCUUAAGAGAAGGCAACGAAAUACAAUAAAUUCCUCGCCUUCUCCCAAGAUCGUUGUUUUUACUUUGUUUAGAUUUGUACAGCGAAUCAAUUGCUUAAAACCAGUUGUUGUUUUCUCGUUGAGAAACUGAUUUCAAAACCCCCCACUUUCGAGUUUGAGAUCUCUAUGGAGCGAGUUAAUUAUUUAUUUUAGUCACCUCUUCUAACAGAACUUAUUAGUUAUUAUCAGAGCUUUUUGUGAUGAUUUUGAAUUUCACUCCCGACCAACACCGUAUAAACACCAUAGUAUAGUUGAUGACACCGUUACGACGCUCAUGUUCAGUUUACCACUGGAGACGUAUUGGUUUUUUUUUCAGCAUAGUUCCGACCGUAAGGUAACAAACUUGAUCGACAAUAACCCGGUUUAUACCAUUUCAGCAUAAAUUAUUUCUAAAUUAAACCUUUGCUGAUAAGUGCCGACUGGUACGAAGUGUGCAUUCAGGGCUUUCUGGCGGUUGCUUCCAAACGCUCAAAUAUUGAACGCUGUAAAUGAUGAUUGAAUGAUUAGCUUUUUUAUACAAAAGAUAGAAGUUUCUGGUUAUAUUUCAAAGUAUACUAUAGAGUGAGGGUGGUUUAAGACUAGUUUUUCGAUGACAUAACUGGUGAAAAGUAAUUUGAAGUUGAGUGUUCAGAUGAUAAGUAUUUCACAGUAAGGUUGAGUCCCUCGAGUUCUUUUUCUCUUGAUGUUCGUUGUUUUGAAGUUUUUCGUUCAACAGACAAUGUUUUCAUAAAAUUGGAAGGUGAAAGCAAUUUCGGGGAUCUGAUUUUACGUAGAUUUUUAGUUCACGGGCUAGUGUUAUAAAAAUCCUACCUCAGUUUCUUAAAUAUAUUUUUAAUAAUUUAUUGUUUGUGUAAGGCGACAAAUUGGCAGACAAUAUGCAUAGAUGCAACAACAUAUAAACUGUAG